CGGGGGCGGCCGAGGAGGAGGCGGCGGCGGCGGAGGCGGCGCGGGCGGCGGCGCGGGGGGGCGCCGGGCGAGAAGCGGCGGCGGCGGCGGCCGAGGCCGAGCGGCGGCGGCGGCGGCGGCGGCGGGCGGCGGCAUCAUGGCGGACAGAGACAGCGGCAGCGAGCAGGGCGGCGGCGGCGGGGGCGCGGCGGGCGCCGGGGGGCCGGGCUCGGGCGGCGGCGGCGGCGGCGGCGGCGGCCCGGGCGGCGGCCUGCAGCACGAGACGCAGGAGCUGGCCUCCAAGCGGGUGGACAUCCAGAACAAGCGCUUCUACCUGGACGUCAAGCAGAACGCCAAGGGCCGCUUCCUCAAGAUCGCCGAGGUGGGGGCGGGCGGCAACAAGAGCCGCCUGACCCUCUCCAUGUCGGUGGCCGUCGAGUUCCGCGACUACCUGGGCGACUUCAUCGAGCACUACGCCCAGCUGGGGCCCAGCCAGCCCCCCGAGCUGGCGCAGGCGGCCGACGAGCCCCGGCGGGCGCUCAAGAGCGAGUUCCUGGUGCGGGAGAACCGCAAGUACUACAUGGAUCUGAAGGAGAACCAGCGCGGGCGCUUCCUCCGCGUCCGCCAGACCGUCAACCGCGGCCCGGGGCUGGGCUCCACGCAGGGCCAGACCAUCGCCCUGCCGGCCCAGGGCCUGAUCGAGUUCCGCGACGCCCUGGCCAAGCUCAUCGACGACUACGGGGUGGAGGAGGAGCCGGCCGAGCUGCCCGAGGGCACCUCCUUGACUGUGGACAACAAGCGCUUCUUCUUCGACGUGGGCUCCAACAAGUACGGCGUCUUCAUGCGGGUGAGCGAGGUGAAGCCCACCUACCGCAACUCCAUCACCGUCCCCUACAAGGUCUGGGCCAAGUUCGGCCACACCUUCUGCAAGUACUCGGACGAGAUGAAGAAGAUCCAGGAGAAGCAGCGGGACAAGCGCGCUGCCGCCGCCGCCGCCCCCCCCGCGGGCGCCGGGGCCGAGCCGCCCCCCGAGGCCGAGGCCGCCGCCGCCGCCGCCGCCGGGCCGCCCGGCGCCCUGCUGCAGGCCGAGGAGCCCGAGGAGGACUGACCGCCCGCCUCCCCGGGACGCGGA